AUGGAGUCAAUCCGUCCAGCACUUGCCAGCAUACGGCUAUCAGCACCGCAAAGAGCCUACAGGCCUCUCUACCAAUGUUUACACACAUCAGCCACACGAGGAGCCACGCCGCUGCCUCAUCCAUCUGUACCCGGGCCACCGCCUGAGACGCCUCAGCCACAAGCAUCAGAUGCAUCCGAACGGGUUGCGAGGAAGAGGAAGCAGGCGGACAUGAUGAAGCAGGCGCGGGAGAUGCGCGACGUCUAUGCCCCCACCAACAAGCCUAAAAACAUGCUGGCAAAGCGCUUCUGGAAAGACGUGACUGUCAAGGAAGGCGAGGGUGGUCUCCAAGUCUUCCUCGACCACCGACCCGUCCGCAUGCCCAACAAGCAGAUCCUCACCGUCCCCGCAUCGAAGCCUCAGCUAGCGACCGCCAUUGCCCUCGAGUGGGAUCUCCUUAUGAGCGCACAGCAGGCCCUCAAGAACGACUACAUUCCAAUGACCUCGCUCGCCGCACGUGCAAUCGACAUCGAGGCGGCCGAUAAAGAAGGGAGGGAGAACAUCAGGAACGACAUCCUGAGCUAUCUGAUGCGCGUGCUCGCUACGGAUACACUACUCUGCUGGGCACCCGCACAUGUUAUGAACGAGACUCUCCAGAACGGAAAGACACUGCGCCAGCUUCAAGAAGAAGUAGCUACAGGCAUCAUCGCCUACCUCCAGACACACGUUUGGCCUGGUGUAGAGAUCAAGCCUACGCUCGAUCCCGAGACCAUCAUUCCCGUCGAGCAGCCAGAGAUGACACAGCAAGUGAUUCGCGGUUGGUGCGCAGGUCUUCCGGCAUACGAGCUUGCUGGCCUUGAACGCGCAGUGCUGGCGUCCAAGAGUCUGCUAGUCAGCGUGCGGCUGAUCCACGAAUGGGGCGAAGCAUUUGCGCAAUCGCGAAAGGUGACUGACGCGCCGCGCUUCGGUAUCCAAGAAGCCGCAGAGGCAUCGAGCUUGGAGGUUACGUGGCAAACAAAGCAGUGGGGCGAGGUAGAGGACACACACGAUGUCCAGAAGGAGGAUUUACGGAGGCAGCUUGGAAGUGUUAUCAUCCUUGUGGGUGGAGACUCAGCGCACAAGCGCUCCAAGUCGGCCAGCGUCAAGAAUCUCCUAUCGCGUGUCACAUCCAAGACCGACGUGCCCACCACCUCAGACGGCAGCGACACUAGCCCCCCCAGUACCGCCAUUUCCUCCAACUCGCAGCCCUCGCAAUCCAUAACCUCGCCCUCGGGACACAGUCGCAGUCUGUCCAAGAAGCAGAAUCCACAUCUCUCCACCAGCAUGUCGAGUGCGGGCGCCGGGCAAGAUAGCCUGAGUCCCUCGGCCGCCAGCUUCUCGCAAUCGCCAAGCUCGCCCACGGCCAAGUCGACGUCGAUAGAGCAGUCGGUGAAGCUGUUCAGGGUAUUCGAGUCGCUGAGAAAUGGAGACACAGCAGCCAUAUCGAGAGCCAUAAGGGAUCAGUCGGGGCCGACAGAGGGCGAAGACAGCAGGUCAUCGCUGCAACUACCCAGCGCACGUACAGAAGGCACCUCUAUCCUGCACCUGGCCAUACAAUGCGCCGAGGUGCCUGUCAUCGAGUUUGUGCUAUCAAACGCGACGGCGACACCAGACUCGCCCAUCGACAUCAAUGGCCGCGACCGCGAUGGCAAUACCCCCCUUCACCUCGCAGCCACCCUGGGCAGAACUCCAGUAGUCCGAAUGCUGCUGGAUCAGCCCGGUAUCAACGACUCGGUAACCAACUACAACGGCCAGACGCCAUUGGAUCUCGCUCGCACACCAGACAUCUUCCAGCAGCUGCAGCUCUCGCGGUCCAUCUUCAUCGACACCAACGUAAAGAAGAUACAACAGAUGGUAACUACUGGUGACAUGGACUCACUAGAGAAGAUAUUGCAAGACGCCAGGAUAAAGAGCACACUCGAUGUCAACGGUGGAGAACUGGCGACUGAUCCGGUCGUGGUAGAUGCGGGUGGUACGCUUCUGCACGAAGCAGCUAAGAAGAAGGAUGUCAAGCUGGCGCAGCUGCUAUUGCUCAACGGAGCCGACCCCUUCCGCCGAGACCGCAAAGGCAAGCUUCCCCAAGACUACACCAAAGACGACCGCACGCGUGCCAUUUUGAAGAGAUCACCCGCCGCGGCAGCAGCGCAGAGGGGCAUUCAGGAGAAGACAAUCCUCGCUGGUGGACCUCCAGGACAAACUGCGACAGAGAGCGGCAUGGGUGCGAAGGAGUCGCGCGAGAUGAAGGGCUACCUCAAGAAAUGGACAAACUACACAACGGGAUACAAGUUGCGAUGGUUCGUGCUCGAGGACGGCGUGCUCAGUUACUACAAGCACCAAGACGAUACCGGCUCUGCAUGUCGCGGUGCCAUCAACAUGCGGAUAGCGAAGCUGUACAUGGAUCCGCAAGAUAAGCAGCGGUUUGAAAUCCAGGGAAAGUCGUCAGUGAAGUAUCAUCUCAAAGCAAACCACCAGGUUGAGGCUAAGCGAUGGUACUGGGCUCUGAACAACGCGAUUCAGUGGGCCAAGGACGAAGCGCGAGAAGAAGAGAAGCGUGCCACCCAGGACCAGGAGAUGCUGAAGCAAGCCAAGAUCGAGCAGAUCAAGGGCGAGGGCGACACAUCUAGUGUCGGCAGCUCCAAGUUGGCGGCAAGCUCGCGAAAUAUGGCUGCCUCGUCCACUCUCGGCGUCCCUCUCCCCAGUCUCGACAACACAUCCUCUCGAACGGCGGUCAGUGUUACGGAAGACCCUGGAAGCGUCUACGAGCCUAGCAUGAAUGGUCAUGGCCUGGACAGAAUGACCAGUCAUAUGGGAACCGCUACCGUAGCUGGCGACGAUGAAGACGACGACGACUAUGGCGAUGAUACGAGCAGCCAUGAGAUGAAGCCCCAGAGUAAAGACGCUUUUAACAUCACAGCGCAAUCCGCCAAGUUACAACUUGAUCUAUUGACAUCUGUUUCUGCUGCCCUGCAAGCGGAGAAGACUCGCUCACCCGACCUUAGGAUCUCUGAUCCCAUGAUGCUCCAAGCAUUCGCGUCUUAUGAAUCUGCUAUCGGGAACCUGAAAGGGCUGAUCGGCGACCUACUCCGGAUAUCUAGGGAUCGUGAUGCAUACUGGCAAUACCGCUUAGAUCGCGAGGCCAAUGUUAGACGUAUGUGGGAAGAAAGUAUGGCCAAGGUCGCAAGAGAGCAGGAAGAACUUGAGAAUAGGAUAGGCGAGUCUGAAGAGAAGCGGCGAAAGCAGAAGAAGGCUCUGCGGGAAGCAUUGGAGGACUACGAGACGACUGGUCCCCGGUCGGAUGCCAAGGAUGAGGAAGACGACUUCGCUGACGCACCAGAAGAUACCCAGCAACAGAAGGAGAUGACGUCGGGUGUGGGACUUCCAGCUAAGAACCAGAAAGUGAGGAGGAAGGCUACAUUUGCCGAUAUCGCCGCCGACAUAUCAGACUCGGAGUCAGAAGAUGAUGAGGAGUUCUUCGAUGCUGUUGGUGCUGGAGAGGUCGAGGUUGUGGAAAUGCCUGCGGCUGCCCCCAAGGAGACUGCGCAAGUAGACAUUCCAGCUUCGUCUGACGAUCCGUUUGAGAAGAAGCAGAUGGAGAUCGCCACGGCUUGGGCAGGCUACGAAGACGGCCCACGUAAGAGGCUCGCCAUGGACGCCGAUGACAGACCUAAGAUCUCGCUUUGGGGCAUUCUCAAGUCUAUGAUUGGCAAGGACAUGACCAAGAUGACAUUGCCUGUGUCAUUCAACGAGCCUACUUCACUGCUUCAACGUGUUGCCGAAGACAUGGAAUAUACUGACCUCCUCGACACCGCUGCCGAACGCGACGACUCUACAGAGCGUAUACUUUAUGUGGGCGCCUUUGCUGCGUCAGAGUAUGCUUCGACCAUUGGGCGUGUCGCAAAACCAUUCAAUCCUCUCCUUGCUGAAACCUACGAGUAUGCCAGGCCAGACAAGGGCUACCGUUUCUUCAUCGAGCAGGUUAGCCAUCACCCACCGAUCGGUGCCGCAUACGCGGAAUCCAAAAAGUGGGAUUACUAUGGUGAAUCUGCAGUCAAGUCAAAAUUCUACGGCAAAUCCUUUGACAUCAACCCGCUCGGAACUUGGUUCCUUCGUCUUCGACCUACCGUCAACGGCGGAAAGGAGGAACUCUACACCUGGAAGAAGGUUACAUCCUCCGUCAUUGGUAUUAUAACCGGUAACCCCGUUGUCGACAACUACGGUACUAUGGAGAUCACGAACUGGACGACGGGCGAGAAGUGUCUUAUUGAGUUCAAGCCCCGUGGCUGGAAAGCUUCGUCAGCUUAUCAAGUCGUUGGAAAAGUGUUUGAUGCACAGAACCGGGUCCGCUGGAGUAUUGGCGGCCGAUGGAACGAUAAGAUCUACGCGCGCUUCACACCAGGCUUCGAGGAUGUGGACGUUGAGAAGAGUGGAAAGAGUUCAAAGCAUGACGAUAACAAGGCUUUCCUUGUCUGGCAAGCACACGAGCGCCCAACAGGCAUACCAUUCAACCUCACUCCUUUCGUCGUGACUCUCAACGACAUUCCCGACAAACUCCGUCCUGUAGUCGCCCCAACAGACACACGUCUCCGUCCCGAUCAACGCGCCAUGGAAGACGGCGAGUACGACUUCGCGGCCACGGAGAAGAACAGGGUAGAAGAGAAGCAGCGAGCAACUCGCAGGCAGCGAGAAGCUGAAGGCAAAGAAUUCGUACCCAGGUGGUUCAGCAAGGGCAAGUGUGAGACCACUGGCGAAGAAUACUGGGUCUUCAACCAUGAGUACUGGAAAGUGAGAGACCGUGUCGCAAAGGGAGAGAUCACAUGGGGAGAAGCAGGCACGGAAGACAUUUUCUAG